UUGAAGCAGCCAAUGGGAAGGGGUGCUUAUGACGCGCUAUUACGCAUGUCCACUGAGGGUAACACGUGGUUUGCAUACGCAGACGUAAGCAGUGCUUUAGAAAUGGCUGCUGACGGUCGCAGGUUUUCGCUGCAGCUACCUUGCGUUUUUUCACCCAAAUCACAGCAGUACUUAGCACUGUGUGGUCAGGAUGGCAGACUUCGCAUUUGGAACACAGAUAGCAAAACACUUCACCAAGAAUGUGUGCCUUCAGCCCACCUGAGUGCCACUUGUACUUGCAUAGCAUGGGGACCAUGCCGGACAGUCAAGGAGGGGCCCCAGAGGAAGAAGAGGAAAUCAGAGGCAGGGCAGAUGGAGGAGAAAGCAGACCUGCUGGCGAUGGGCACAGCAGCGGGCACUGUUCUAAUCUACAGUACAGCAAAGGGAGCACUGCACUGUACCCUGGAUGGAGGCCAUAGUGGAAGAGUGAAUUGUGUCCAGUGGCACCCUGAAGACAGUUUAUUAUACAGCGGCUCAGAUGAUACAAAUAUUAUAGAGUGGGACCUCCAGACAGGCAAGACACGAAGUAAGUGGAAGGCAGACCGUGCAGCAGUGACCAGUCUGUGUGUGAGCCCAGAUGGCAAACUGCUGCUUUCAGCUGGCCACAUCAUCAAGAUGUGGGACUUGGACACCAAGGAGGUUUACAGG